CAGUCACGGCCAGGACUCCCGACGACAUCCACCGGCAACCACCGCUCCUGUUCUCAGCUCUGUCGACAAACCAACCGAGAGUAGUCCGACACCCAGACCACCAUGGCGAACCCAUCCGCCUUGACCUCGACCUCGAGGGCCUCGUGCGGGGCUUCCAGCACCGGCGGCAAGCUCACCUGCCUCUGCUCGCCGACGAGCCACCCGGGCUCCUUCCGCUGCACUCGCCACCGCAACCCGCGGGGGCGACCACAGACGUCGUCGCCGUCGCCGUCCGGCCGCGCCUCACAGCAGGCCGCGUCGCCGGGAUCGAGCGCGACCGUCACCAGGAGCGGCGGCAUGACCAGCAAGGGCCGGUCCGUCCUGCGCGCGCACCUGCUGCGGCUGGUCAGCGCGCCGUCCUCCGCCGGCCGCGACCACCGCCGCUGCCGCGACUUCGAGCCUCGCCCGUCCAGGCUGGGCCGCCUCGCGGCGACGGUCACCGCGUGACCCGGUUGCUCUGCUUGGCAGCUCGUGCUAGGGGUAGGGAGCUCACCAGUAAUGGCGGACGGUGCGCCUCUCUUUCGCGCGCACCAACGCUCUGGAUCCAUUGUGGCUAGCACAUGAGCGACUCUGGAGAAUGGAAUCAGUACACACUUCCUUCCUUGUAAUAUUUGCCGAGGAAUGAAAUGGAGCAGUUCUAUGUGACCUUUCCUGCAUCUUUGUGAUGUUCUAUGGAUUUUCUCUAUGAGCGGACGCGAACUGUACAACUUUUCACUUCUUUUACUGUAGAAUUUCUCACUUGGUUUCGUGAGUAUAGGAAUUGAGAUUACUGUACUUAUCAUAUUACUGUUGAAAAGUUAUAGUAUCUAUGAUCAUCGGAAA